AUGAAGACCUGCCUGGUGUUCUUAAGUAUAUGCAUGGCCCUCUGCUCAGCACGGGCUUCCCCUUUGAGCGGAAAGGCGCCUCUCCGGCUCCGGCUGGGGGGCCAAAGAGAAGAGAGUCCAGUUUGCCGCCUGGGACGACGUCAAUGUCUCGCCCACGGCCUCCUCCAGCUGGGACAGGGUCUGAAGGAGCACGUGGACAAGACCAGAGUCCAGGUCCGGGACAUCGGCGGCAAGAUCAAGGGCCUGAACCGGACCGUGGUGGAGCUGGGGAAGGAGAGCCAGAAGUUGCAGCAGGAAGGGGAGGCGCUGAAGGCCAGGGCCCGCGGGUUGGAGGAGCGAGAGGGUCGGAUCCUCAACGUGAGCGUGGAGCUGAGAGAGGAGGUGCAGCAGGAGCGGAGGAGGACGGCGGAGAGGGUGACCCGGCUGGAGCAGAAGGUGGAGGGGCUGGCGCAAGGCGAGAGGAACGGGGUGGACGCCAAGAGUACGCAGAUGAUGCUGGAAGCUCAAAACAAACGCAUUGACGAUCUGAUGGAGCGGAUACGGCUGCAGCAGGAGAAACUCGACAAGCAAAACGUUCGCAUUCGGACUCUGCAAACACAGAUUCAGCAGUCGAGACAGAGAGUAGAAGCCCCUCGCAACGACAAGAGAAGCGCCGUGAUGGAGCAGAGCGACUCCCCAUGGCCGGUGAGCACCAAAACUCUUCACCCAAGAGUCCGGGUUUAA